CGGCUGUCCUCGUGGUCAGUGAGGAGUUGUUCGCCAUGUUGGUGCUGUUUGAGACCGCGGCGGGAUAUGCUAUUUUCAAGGUCCUGGAUGAGAAGAAACUCCGUGAAGUGGACAAUUUAUGGCGGGAGUUUGAAACAGCUGAAAAAGCAAAUAAACUUGUGAAGUUAAAACAUUUUGAAAAAUUUCAAGAUACCACAGAAGCUCUUGCAGCUGCGACUGCCUUGGUAGAAGGUAAGCUUGGUAAAAGCCUGAAGAAAGUGCUGAAGAAGAUUGCUGCCAAGGAAGCGCACGAGCAGUUGGCUGUUGCAGAUGCCAAACUUGGAGGUGUCAUAAAGGACAAACUUAACUUGAGUUGCAUUCACAAUGCUACAGUUGGUGAGUUGAUGAGAGGAAUUCGAACCCAGGUGAAUGGAUUAAUCAGUGGAUUGCCACCUCGUGAGAUAAGUGCCAUGUCUCUUGGCCUUGCACACAGCCUGUCCCGUUACAAAUUGAAGUUCAGCCCUGACAAGGUGGAUACUAUGAUUGUACAAGCAAUUUCUCUGCUGGAUGACUUGGAUAAAGAGCUAAACAAUUACGUCAUGCGCUGCAGAGAGUGGUAUGGCUGGCAUUUCCCAGAACUUGGAAAAACCGUUACUGAUAACUUGGCAUACUGCAAGUGCGUGCGGAAAUUAGGCGACAGAACCAACACUGCUACCACAGAUCUUUCAGACAUUUUGCCAGAGGAGAUAGAAAAUGCAGUGAAGGUUGCGGCUGAAAUAUCCAUGGGGACAGAAGUAUCUGAGGAAGACAUCGAGCACAUUAUACACCUUUGUGAUCAGGUCGUGCAGAUCUCGGAGUACCGUGCACAGCUCUAUGACUACCUGAAAAACCGAAUGAUGGCUAUUGCACCCAACUUGACUGUGAUGGUUGGAGAGCUGGUAGGAGCCAGACUGAUAGCACACGCAGGCUCUCUGUUGAAUCUGGCAAAGCAUCCUGCAUCCACUGUGCAGAUCCUGGGUGCAGAAAAGGCACUAUUUAGAGCACUGAAAACAAGAAGAGAUACUCCAAAAUAUGGUUUAAUUUACCAUGCCUCAUUGGUUGGGCAGACCACACCAAAGAACAAAGGCAAGAUCUCCAGAAUGUUGGCAGCGAAGUCAGCUUUAGCAAUUCGAUAUGAUGCUCUGGGUGAGGAUACAAAUGCAGAAAUGGGUGUGGAAAACAGAGCCAAGCUAGAAAUCCGCAUAAGACACUUGGAAGAAAAGGGGAUGAGAAGGAUCAGUGGUACAGGAAAGGCCCGUGCACAAUUUGAUAAAUACCAGCACAAGAGUGUGGUCAAAACCUAUGACCCAUCUGGAGACUCGACUCUCCCUUCAGCCUCGAAGAAAAGGAAGUUUGAGGAAGUGGAUAAUGAGGAAGAACAGAAAGAAGUGAAAUCCAAAAAAAAGGCCCGGCUUUCAGAGCCUGCUCUGACAGAACCUGUUGAAGAAGCUGAGCCACCAACAAAGAAGAAAAAGAAGAAAGAGAAGCAGCAGGAGAUGGAUGUAACACAGGAAGAGGAGGAACCAUCAACUUCCUUUCUUACAGAAGAGAUCCCAGAAAAGAAGAAGAAGAAGAAAAAGAAAGUGAAAAGCGAGUGACCUGUUUCCAGUAAAUGAUAGACUCUAAUUCUGUUCAAAGCUUCAGUCGGCCCUGACUGUCCUCUUUACUCAAAAGGAGGCAAAUGUUUUUUGAUGGCAGUUACCAGAACCAUUCGAUUGAAGCAAGACUCUUCAGUUAUUUUUCUAUGAAAAUGGUAAACCUUUUGGUAUAAGAAAUGGGGCUUCAUUUUCAAAUAAACUGUGGCCCAAAACA